ACGUGGCGCCGCGCCGUCAGUCGCUGUGCCUCGAGCCAGCGCGAGCGCAGCCUGUCUGCCAACAGCCUCAGCAGCGGCUCGAUCUGGAACCCACCGCACUAACUGCCAAUUCAGAGGAGGCCCCUUUUUCUGCUUAUUUCCGAGGACUAUCCUUCACCAUGGGCGACAAGAAGAGCCCUACCAGGCCAAAAAGACAAGCCAAACAGACCGCUGACGACGGGUACUGGGACUGUAGCGUCUGCACCUUCAGGAACACCGCCGAGGCGUUCAAAUGCAGCAUCUGCGAUGUGAGGAAGGGCACAUCCACAAGGAAACCCAGGAUCAACUCCCAGCUGGUUGCCCAGCAGGUGGCCCAGCAGUACCCGAUGCCCCCGCCGCCGAAGAAGGAGCGGCGGGAGAGGAGCGAACGCACGGACAAGGAUCGCCCCGACGGCGAGGGCGAGCGUGCCAUCUUUGAGGGACCCCCGGAGGUCGAGGGACACCCGGAAGUCGAGCGUCCGGAAGUCGAGCGUCCGGAAGUCGAGCGUCCGGAAGUCGAGCGUCCGGAAGUCGAGCGUCCGGAGCUGCCGAUGCCCGAGCGAGACCCCCCCGAGAAGGAGAAGAGCGACACCGAGCAGCAGCUGAUCACAGACAAGCCGAACAAAGAGAAGGACGUCGUCGCGGCCGUCACCAAGAAGCCCAGCAGCAAAAAGACCAGACCCAAAACAGACAACCACCAGAGCCCACCCAGUGAAAAACACAGCAUACAGUCCGGAAAAUCAGCAACCAAGACCAACAAGAUCAGUCACAUCUCCAGGCCCAAACUGAAGAACGUCGACCGGAGCACCGCCCAGCAGCUGGCCAUCUCCGUGGGCAUCGUGACGGUGAUCAUCACAGACUUAAAGGAGAAGAGCCGCUCUUCGUCCACGUCUUCGUCCACCAUCACGUCCAGCGCCGGCUCCGAACAGCAGCACCAGAGUUCCGGCUCCGAGAGCAUGGACAAGGGCUCGUCGCGGGCCUCCACGCCCAAAGGGGAGCUCUCUGUGGGGCAUGACGAGUCGUACUGAAGCCCCCCCAAGCCCACUCCUCCCAUUUUAGUCCACCUGUCCUCGCCCCGACCCCGCUACACAACCCCACCCCCCCCUUCAACACACCACCACACGUUUCUGGACACUAUGGGUCCCAGAGAGGGAGAGUUAUCGCCUUUCUCAUCGGGGCCCCUGCCUCCAUUCCAUGACCACUUGAACCCCCCCAGAGGGGACGAGCAGUGGAGCGGACGUCUGAGAGGAACAGUGCAGCGCUCCUUGUGGUCGCAACCUGUGGCGCAGGCGAGGAGAGCCCCCCCUCCGCCCCCCCCACCUCACCCUCCCCCAAUCCAGACACUUGUAUGUAUUGUUUUAUAUUUCUAUGUACGGCCAAGUCGAGCUUUCUUUUGUUUGUUCUGUUUUUGUAAAGAAGAAUUCUCCGCUGGGCACAACGACACCAUCGUUUCAGUACUUUAAACUAUCAUUACCUUAUUUAUUACCUGUUGCACAUCUAUUCUUUGAUAUUCUCCUUUUUUAUGUUGAAGCUUUGCUGUGUAGCUCCGCCGAUCGAUCAUUCCUGCAGUGUUUUUAUUACAGUACGAAGAUGACCGGACUCUCUCACACACACACACACACACACACACUGGUGCUAGAUACACUGUGAAGCGUUUCUGCAGAUCUGGGUUUGUCCAUUCACUCAAUGUGACGGAGUGCUGAUGAAUCAAAUUCUCAUUCACCUUUUCUGAUCAUCACCGUCUCUGGACGCCGUCUGGACCUCCAUCGGUCUGUUCAGGUCAAAGUUCAAGGACGUUUCAGCGGUUUAGUAUGCUAUGGCAGAUCUCUUGUACAGUAUCUUCUGUUCUUGACUGUACAGUGUAGACUGUGUAAAACACUAAAAGCUGUGGAUAUUUUCUGCAUUCCGUACUUGGAUGUUGAGUUUGUUUUGUGUUCCUGGUUGAAGGCAGAGCCGUCCUCUCGGCUCCGGAGCCACCGUUUGUUCCCGUGGUGACUGAAGGACGCUCGCACUACUUUGAAUCUUCGUUCUCUCAAACUGAUACUCCAGAAAAACGGAGUGCAAACUAAAUUUGCAAAGAGAUUUGCAAUUCAGUUUUUAUUUUAUUUUCUUGAUAAAUUUAAGACUCCCGUCUUUGAAGGCAAAAAUUACUAUUGCAGUAGUUAAUAGAACACAAUUGCUCUUUGAUUUUUUUAAACAGCGAGGCCUAUUUAAGGGUUUUAUUCCCUUCCACCUUAGCUGAUACUAGACCAACAUCAUUUCCUUUUUAAUUGUAUGAAAUUGUAUAAAGAAUAAAUGUGUAUAUGAUAUCUUAGUUUUAUUUAUUGAAGGACCAAAGGAAUUUCAUAAUGACAUAAUGAUACAUAGGCAGAUAAAUAACAAUUGGAAUUGCAAUUAUCUAAUGUGUGAGAUGAAUAACAGUUUAAAUAAAGACUAAUAUAAUCCA